UUAUUGGAUUGAUAUUGUGUAAAAGCUUUAAAGGCUAUAGAGUGUGUUAUGGUAAAACAAAUCAAAAAACGUCAUAGCCAUUGUGGAUUUUUGGGUGUGUUUGAAUCUGAGUUGGCAAAUUUUCAACAUAAUGACAAUGUUUUUUUUAUGAAAAUGUUUAGCCACGUUUUAAGUCUGGCUUUAUUUUUUGAGGCAAUAAUGUCAGGACCAUGAGGCAGACCACUCCGAAUUCCAUGCUGCGAAGUUACACCUAAAUGUAUCUCUAUUUAGCCCCUGUGUCCCAGAAACAUUCAGAGUUGUCUGCCACAUAGCCUACAACGAGGAAAAAAAGCUACGGCUUUCACUCAUCAUGGGUGACUCCCAUGUGGUUCCAGCACAAUGCCGAUUGUGCCCCCCUCCCCUCCACUUCGGACAAAAGGAGUUUGGCUGGCACGUGCUCUGGGCGUCAGUCACCUGUUUCUUAGCAACCGGCACAACAGGAAAACACCUGUGGCUCCAAAUAGGCUGUUAUUUGGAAUGGGCGAAAUCCAAAUUAAAUCACAUUGCCUAUGUUAGCUAAUUUGAUUUUUUCCCCCGUGCAUCAUGGUCUGUUUUUCUUGUCUUUGGUUUAUCAUGGGCUAUUGUCAUUACAUAUGCUAUUUCAUCUGAGUGUUCUGAUUUCAAAAUAGUUUUUUAAACAAAUAAAUCGACUUGAACACUAUUUCAUUAUUACCACGAGUCUCUCUGAAUACAAAAUAAACUUACAACUAACCACGUUUGGUAAUGAAAAUUCAUAUUUAUACAGGCCUAACCUAUACCUCGAAACUAUAGUCUUCCCUUUUCAACCAACACAUUUUAUUUUGGACCUAAGAUUUGUUUUGAAAAGCCAUGCGCAUCUUAACCGUUAAAGAACACACUAGCCUACAUCAGACCAUCCAGAAGAAUGGGACACCCUUAAGACCGAGCGCAUCUGUUUCAAGUCCUUUUGCUCCGUUCCCUUACCUACAUUAUCAUCACAGCCAUAAUAUUUCUAAUUUUUUUAAAAAAAACGUGCCUAUAAGCCUACUAUUUAGCCUGCGUUCCUGUAGGAGGUAACCCAAUAGCUGCCUCCAGCCUUCGUGCAAGUACGGAUAGCUCUAGCCCUCCUACGUCACCUGACUUCGAGCCUGCAUGCAAAUCACGCCUUUCCUAAAGCGCCAUUGGCCACCUCUACCUCAUUUAGUCGCUGUCAAAGCGCAUCGUAUGGGUAUGCUCGGUUAACUUUACUACUAUAGGCACAGAAAGUAGCUCAAAGAGACGCGUUUCAUCGAGCUGGAUGUGGAAAAAGCAAGUGAGGAGAAAACAUCUGAUAUAAAGAAGGAAGGAAAAGUUUAGCGAAGUAGACUCUUACUGGAUUGUAUUUCUUCUUUCCAUUUUUCCUUUUUUCAUCGGGAGUGUUGCUUUGCGCCACUGACUGUGUGCCAGCAGUGCGGAGGUGCCGUGACUGAAUGUUUCCUUGUAUUUGUUGAAAAAGUUAACACCAGGUGAAUGUAUAGCAUGAUGAUGGAGACUGACCUGCACUCCCCGGUGCCCCAAACGAACACGAAUUCGGGGCACACGGGAGGAUCAAACAAUGGGAACAAAGUCAACCAAGACCGCGUAAAGAGACCGAUGAACGCCUUUAUGGUUUGGUCUCGGGGCCAGCGGCGGAAGAUGGCUCAGGAGAACCCCAAAAUGCACAACUCCGAGAUCAGCAAGCGCCUGGGCGCGGAGUGGAAGGUGAUGUCGGAGGCAGAGAAGAGACCCUUCAUCGACGAAGCGAAGCGGUUAAGAGCUAUGCACAUGAAGGAGCAUCCGGAUUAUAAGUAUAGACCAAGACGAAAGACCAAGACGCUCUUGAAAAAGGACAAAUACUCUCUUGCCGGUGGGCUGCUAACCGGAGCCGGUGGUGGGGGAGUCGGUCUUGGGAUGAGCCCUGGGGUAGGACAGAGGUUAGAGAGUCCUGGGGGUCACGGUGGUUCGGCUGCUGCCAGCUACGCGCACAUGAACGGCUGGGCAAACGGGGCUUACUCCGGGCAGGUGGCGGCAGCUGCGGCGGCUGCGGCCAUGAUGCAGGAGGCUCAGCUUGCAUACAGUCAGCACCCAGGCAGCGGGCACCACCACCAUUCACACCACCACCACCACCCGCACAACCCCCAGCCCAUGCACCGCUAUGACAUGACGGCCCUCCAGUACAGCCCCAUCUCGAACUCUCAGAGCUACAUGAGCGCUUCUCCGUCCGGCUACGGCGGGAUCACCUAUACGCAACACCAGAGCUCUGGUGUUGCCUCGUCCGGGUCGAUCAGCACGCUGGGAUCGCUGGUGAAAUCGGAACCGAGUUACCAAAAGAAAUGGACGACGUUGUGGUAGUCCCGCGGAAGGGAACAACACAGGCUCAAGUCGCAACACCUGUUGAGUUGACUAAUGUCUGGUGGGAGGAACCUCGUCUCGUUCGACUGAUGAUUUGAUUUUCAAACGGGCUUCUUGUUAUAAUAUCUCCGGUCACACGAAGACUCUCACGCCAUCGAUCAACAUUAAUUACUGAUGAAAAACAGCUAUUUUAAAAUACGGUUUUUUUUGUCUGGCUGUUUCCACUCUUUUAAAUAAUUUGCCUGAUAAUGUAAACUUAAAUUGUGGACCAAUUGUAAAGGGUUGUCAUGUGCGUUUUUGAUCAAUCUAUUAUAUAUAUUUUGUUUUAUUUUAACAUUCUCCUUUUCAUGUUUGUCAUUAUAUUCAUGAAUUAAUACACACUAUUUAAUCUAUUUUUAAAUC